CCGCACGGAUGAACCCAGACCCUCUUCUAGUUCCUCGGUCAAGAUUGUCGCGUCGAAUCACAUUCCACCAUCCAGGUACAGGAGCAUGAGGAUAAUGUUAUGGCUGGGACUGCUAGCAAGUCAAAGGCAGAUCUCCCGUCACCCAGCUAUUUGUCAUCGACCCUGGUCGCAUUUCAAUCUCGACUGGCUUCCGUCAAGAAUGACGCACUAUUCGAAUAACAACCACGUGGAUUCCGGCAUCAGAAAAGGAGACGGACAUGCCGAAAGAAGAUGCGACCAUGAAAGGGGCGUUGACGAGACCGCAGAUGGCCGUUCGCCUCUUGUUGACGCCGUCGCCGACCCGGGUCCGAACAAUACUUUGAUGCACCACUAUACUGCCAGCCAUAGAGCACUCAAAUACACUUGCAGUUGCAGCUGCAUUGCGCAUAUGAUAUCUUCAGAGCGUUAGUUAAGCGCCUAUCAAACGCGCAGGGACAUGCGAGCGCUACAGGUGUCGGUUGCGAACGCGCCCAUGGAUAUCACGAGGAUAAUUCAUUUGAUGGUAGUGGUAGAUGGUAUCCGCCGAGAGAAUUCCCUAGUUUAAUCCCUUGCAGUGGCUAUCUCCUU